GCAACGCCGUAUCCAGGGAGUGCUCUUCUCGUAAAUAAGUAAAUCGCUGGAUGAUCUGAAGUGCCCGAUCGGACCCGUCGCUCGGCCGAGUCGGGCGGUCGCCCCACCCACCCUCUACGACGAUUGUUCCCGUACUCCCUGUCCUGUUGGACUGGGAAGAAACCCUAAUCCGAGGCUUUCUAACUUCCUGCUUCAGUCUGGUUGGAUCUGCUGGUUACUUGAUCCUCUCCUGCAGUAUGCCUGCAAUCCAAAGGCUAUAUGAUGCAUGUAAAGUAUCAUUCUGUCCUAAUGGACCAGUAUCUCCAGAAGCUCUUGAACAAGUUCGCUCUAUUUUAGAUGAGAUCAGGCCAUCUGAUGUGGGUCUUGAACAAGAGGCACAGCCAGUACGAGCAUGGAGAGGCUCUGCACAUGGUUUAAAUGGUAGAAAAGGGCGUAAUGGGAGCAACCAAUAUUUGCCUUCAAUUCAAUAUUUGCAUAUACAUGAAUGUGAAAGCUUCUCUAUCGGUAUAUUUUGUAUGCCACCUUCAUCCAUUAUUCCACUGCAUAAUCAUCCUGGAAUGACCGUUCUGAGCAAGCUUCUCUAUGGUUCGUUGCAUGUUAAAUCAUAUGAUUGGAUAGAUAUAGACGGUCCCAUUGAUCCAACGAAAGCCACAUGGAUUGGGUUUCAGUUCUGGAAUUGUCAACAUGAUAUCUCAGCUAGACCAGCAAAGCUUGUUAGGGAUGGUGAAAUGUCUGCACCUUGUGGGACAACAAUCCUAUACCCCACUAGUGGUGGUAAUAUUCACUGUUUCAAAGCUAUAACUUCUUGUGCUCUCUUUGACAUCUUAUCUCCACCCUAUUCAUCAGAAGAUGGACGGCAUUGCUCUUAUUUCCGGAAGUCUUCAAGAAGGGAUCACUCUGGUUGUCUGCCAACUGGAAUAAAGCCCUCUGAAGUGACUUGGUUGGAAGAGUAUCAGCCUCCUGACAGCUUUGUUAUCAGGAGAGGGUUGUAUAAGGGCCCUAAGAUUACUGUUUGAGGGUUUUACUUUGGUGUAUCAUACCAUCAAUCAUGUGGGCUUUUGUUAACAGGAAACAUGAGCUGAGAAUCCUGCUGCUAGCUGUGACACAAAUUUUCAAAAGUAACGGGAAUAAUUAGGGUUACUUAUGUAGUUUGGUGUUGGUCUGUACAUGUUAAAUAUGUAUUUCUGGUAUUAUUGACCUCACCUUACUAAUGGAAGAAUGAAAUUCCCUUUGACAGAACAGAAUGAAGUGCACCUUCCA